AUGUGCUUUGGUUGUUGUGAGAGUGAACCCGAAAUAAAACGCCAUAUCAAACUGAUUCUAUUGGGAACGGCUCAAAGCGGAAAGAGUACCUUUUUCAAGCAAUUGAGGGUGAUCAAUAACAAACCCUUCUCGGAGAAGGAACGUCUUUCAAUGACGAGUGUCGUUCGGGAAAAUCUUAUGGAAGCUUGUUACUCUAUUUUGAAGGCUAUGCAUGUGUUGAAUAUUCCUCUAGCGAGUCAAGAAAAUGAGGAAAUUGCAAGUCAAAUCAUGACCCUUCACAAGGAAUCUCCAGCAAACCUUUCAGAAAUUCUCACAACUGAAACCACUCAGUAUGGAAACAUGGGAGACAAGAUUUGCAAGAUUUGGAAGGAUCCUGGCAUGAAGCAAGCUCUUAUGAAACGAUAUGAAUUUUCAAUUAAUGACUCAGCAGAUUAUUUUCUGGACAAUUGUGAGAGGAUUUGUAAAACAGAUUAUAUUGCCACUCAAGAAGACAUCAUUAAAGCUCGAACAAAAACUGUUGGAAUUACUGAGGUUGAAUUUGAGGCAGAAGGAUGUGUAUGGAAAUUCACAGACGUUGGAGGACAGAGAGAAGAACGAAGAAAAUGGGUCCAUGCAUUUGUUGACACCACUGCUGUCAUAUUUAUUACGUCCUUGAACGAUUUUGAUAUGAUGUUGGAAGAGGAUAAGACCACGAACCGUAUGCAUGAGAGUAUGUUGCUGUUCCGAGAGGUGUGUGACUUGGACUGCUUUAAGGAAAUUCCAAUCAUCAUAUUAUUCAAUAAGGACGACCUAUUCAGAGAAAAGAUUCAAAAGAGCGAUUUGAGAAUUGCAUUCAGUGAUUAUUCAGGAGGACAUCAAUAUGAAACGGCAAGGGAUUUUAUCAUUAACAAGUUCAAAUCGCUCAAUACAAGAAAUAAUCUCAUGUACUGUCAUGUCACUACAGCAACCAAUACGAACAAUAUCAGUAUGGUUUUCAAUGAUGUAAAGAACAUUCUCCUUCAACGUGACUUGCAAGAUUUGAACAUUAUUUAG